AAUGGAUAGGAAUUAUUGACCCCCCAUGCCCAAAUCUCUGUGUUUCUCACACACAUCUCUGCGACUCUCCGUCUCUCACCCUCUCUUUCACUGAGCUAGCUACUGAGCUUAGCACCAAGCACAAGAAGCUAAACAAAUUUGAAGGAAUGUCAGUUUGCCACUGAGUCUCUUUCCAAAGCCUCAGACUCAACGCGAGAUAAUGGGUGGGGUGACUUCGUCCAUGGCUGCCAAAUUUGCAUUCUUUCCACCGAACCCACCGUCCUACAAGCUGAUUACGGACGAUGCCACCGGGCUCUUGCUCCUGGACCCCUUUCCUCACCGCGAGAACGUCGAGGUCCUGAGGCUGCCCACGCGCCGCGGCACCGAGAUCGUGGCCGUGUACGUCCGGUACCCCAUGGCCACCUCCACCAUCCUCUACUCUCAUGGAAACGCGGCCGAUAUUGGCCAAAUGUACGAGCUUUUCGUCGAACUCAGCGUCCAUUUGCGGCUCAAUCUCAUGGGGUAUGACUACUCUGGCUAUGGGCAGUCAUCAGGAAAGCCAAGUGAGCAGAAUACUUAUGCAGACAUUGAAGCAGUAUACAAGUGUCUUGAAGAGAACUAUGGUGCUAAGCAGGAAGACAUAAUCCUUUAUGGCCAAUCUGUCGGAAGUGGCCCCACCUUGGAUCUCUCUGCCCGUUUGCCUAGACUAAGAGCUGUUGUCCUGCAUAGUCCCAUACUAUCAGGGUUAAGGGUCAUGUAUCCUGUGAAGCGCUCAUAUUGGUUUGACAUCUAUAAGAACAUUGACAAAAUUCCAUUGGUAAAAAGUCCUGUGCUGGUAAUUCAUGGAACUGCUGACGAGGUUGUUGACUGUUCUCAUGGCAAGCAGCUUUGGCAACUGUGUCAGGAGAAGUAUGAACCUUUAUGGCUCAAAGGAGGAAACCACUGUAAUUUGGAGCUUUAUCCUGAAUACAUUAGGCAUCUAAAGAAAUUCAUAUCGACAGUUGAAAAGUCACGUUCAUUUAGGAAUGGUCCAAGGAGCAGCAUUGACCGAAUUGAACAGUCCAGACAAGGUACUGACUGUUUCGAGGCUCCUAGGAAGAGUAGUGACUGGAGAGAAAAACCCAGGAAAAGCACCGACAGGCCUGAAAAACUGAAAAUUCAUGACUACAAGUUUCAUAACAUUGACAAGUUAGAAAAGUUAAGAAUCCCAUUCGACCAAGUGGAAAGGUCACGGAAGAGUGUGGAUUACCAUGAGAAAUCUCGGAGAAACAUUGACAACCAACUAGAAAGAGCACGAAAGAGCGUCGACUGGUUGGAUCGGAUCCGAGCUGGGUAGUCCUAUUCUUGGUGAAAUUUGUGCACUAAAUCUGUUAUUGGGGAAGAUGAGAAAAACUGCAACAAGGGAAGGAUAGGAAAAUUAUUUUGCGUUUCAAUUAUGGUUUCAAAAUUUGUAUCUUCAAGUACCAGUAAGUGUGUCAUGGAUUGUGGAGUUUGAUAUAUUGGGAUCGUUACCUUGGUUGUCACUUGUCAAUGGAAGAACUCUAACCUCUUUUAUUUUU